AUGAAGGCCAAGACUCGCUCCUCCCGCGCAGGGCUGCAGUUCCCCGUGGGCCGUGUCCACAGGCUGCUGCGCAAAGGCAACUAUGCGCAGCGUGUUGGUGCCGGAGCCCCCGUCUACCUGGCGGCCGUCCUGGAGUAUCUGACCGCUGAGAUCCUGGAGCUGGCUGGAAACGCUGCCCGCGACAACAAGAAGACCCGCAUCAUCCCCCGUCACCUGCAGCUGGCCGUCCGCAACGACGAGGAGCUCAACAAGCUGCUGGGUGGAGUCACCAUCGCUCAGGGUGGAGUGCUGCCCAACAUCCAGGCGGUGCUGCUGCCCAAGAAGACCGAGAAGGCCGCCAAGGCCAAGUAGAGCUGCUGGCCGCCAACACUGCUGGACCACAGACCCACAAAGGCUCUUUUAAGA